AUGACGACUGUUGUUAGUGAAACUGCAGAUCGUCUUCUUCCGCAUCUUAUCGCGGAAAAUGCGUCGUUGAAAACUAUACUUGGUACCCCAGAGCAUGAACGUGUCAUGCAGGAAGUACUCCGGGAACAAUUACAACGUUUCUUUGAUGAUGCGAAACACACAUUAGAAAAAGCCUUGUCGCAGGAUGUCGUCGUUAAUAAUGAUAAUAAUAAUAAUAAUAGUAAUAAUAAUAAUGAUGGAGGAAAUGAAGAAGAAGAAGAAAAAGAGGGCGAAGAAGAAGUGAAGGGUAAAAAAGUGGGUGGUGGUGGUGGUGUACAUCGAGUAACAGCGCUUGCGGAGGCGUUACGGGUAUUGGGAUCGCAGAAUGAAGAAUUACUGCGACAGAUGAAUGAUAUACAAACACAACGAGUGGUGAUGUUAAAUGGAGAAAUAGAAUCAUUAGGGCGUGAACGCGAUGAACUGCAGUCUCGUGUGGUUCAAUUGGAAGAAGAAGCCGCAGCCGCAGCAAUAACAACAACAAAAACAGAAACAACAGAAACAAGUGGAUUGGAAGAAUCUGGAAAUAAUAAAGUGAUACCUUUAUUAUCUGAAUUACGUUCUCUUCGUGCCUCAGAUGCUCUUCUUCGUCAACAAAUGCGGGAAAUGCAGGAACGAAGUGAGAGAGCCGCAGUGGAAACGGAUAAACUUGCCAAGGAUGGAAUUCAAGCUUCCCUUAAAUUACCACAAUUACUUGAGCAAGUAGAUCAAUUACGUACAUCGCUACAUCAGGUGGAAAUGGAACGUGAUAUAUUUCGUAUGCAGGUACAGGAAAUGGAGGAACGAGAGAAUGUACAACACUCCCUACGUGAGAAACAAUUACAAGAUGAGUUAAUGUUAACCAAUACAACGAUGCAAACACUCUUUACUCGUACAGCUGCACUUGAAACACGUGAGGCGGAAGCUCAAACCGUCGUUACCGCACAUCUCAAGACUAUUGAAGAGUUAGAAAAUACUAUUAAAACACUACAGGCGCGAGAGACCGCCGCUGAUGAAAGACUGGCUUCUAAACGACAACGUCUAGAACGUGAAAUCUUUGAUGAUCCUGAUUCUAUUCGUCGUGAACUUGUGACGUUUUGGCGAGAUGGACGAGAAGAAUUACAGCAAUUACGAGAAGAAGUCCAACAACUUCGGGCAAAGGAACGUUUACUCCGCACAACACAAGAGAAACUUACACAGAUGGAACGUACGCGGUCUACAGUAACGAGUCGACUUGUAACACUUGCGGAUGAAGUGGAACGUGUACGAGAAGAGAACCGUUCACUUCGAGCCCAAUACGUUGGAUUAGAGGUGGAGCGUGAUCAGUUGUGUAAAAGCCUUGCCGAUGCCUUAGCAACACAUAUGAAUGAAGAUGAAUUAUUACACUGUUGUGAAGUUAUAAGAGAUGCUGCGGCCAAAUCCGCUGCAGCGAGUUCAAGUGUAGUUGCAGAUCCACAAGCCAUUCAACAAGCCAUGCGACACUCACAAGAAUUAAAAAAUGAAGUAGCACAACUGACAAAACAGAAGGAAAAGUUACAUCGCUAUAUUGCAUUACGAGAAGAACGUGUGGCUGCUCUUAUUACACGGGAAGCACUACAACCAACAGGGAAUGACUUCACACAUAGUAAUAGUAAUAGUAAUAAUAAUAAUAACAGCAGUGAAAUGAGGUUAACCACAACAACAACAUCAGGUCCUGAUGGUUCUGUUCUUCAGGUUGUAAAGUGGGCAGAGGCCAGUGUAAAUGAUGCUCUCACAAAUAUGGAAGAAGAAGCCACUACAGAAAGUCAUCUGCGGCGUCGUGAAACGUUUGCGAGUAUGCAGCAACGCCUCACCGCGAGUGAACAACAACUGGAAGUGUAUAAGAAACAAUUAGAGGAAGUUACCGCAGCCCGUGAUGCGGCGCAGGAACAACUUUUAGCCACACAAGAAGAAGCACGAACAACACUAACAGCACGAGAAACAGCCAUGACAGAACUCUUAAGUAGUAAUACAUCUCUAAUGCAAUCUGUAGAUGCAUUACGGUCUGAAAGUCAUCGAUUACGUGAAUGUCAUGAUGCGGCAAUGAGUUUUGCACAAAAUAUGUCCACCGCAUUUGUUGGAUUGCAAGAACUCUUAUCUAGUGAAGUGAAUUUCGCCGCAGCUCUUCAUCAUGCCCUCAGAGAAGAACGAGCAGAGGUGGUGGAACUCACACGCCGUACGGCAGAAGCAUGGGAUGCUCAUGAAGGUGAAGUUCAAUCGGUUCUCCACGCGGUGGAGCGAAUGUCUAAUUACAUACAAGAAACAGCAGAACAGCAGCAGCGUACACAAACAUUGGAAGAUCUUGCCCAUCUACGUCGUCUCACAACAUCUGUAGAGGAACAAGAGGAGCGAUUAAAAGGAAUGCAAGAAAGUUUUACAGAAUCAUGUCGUAAGUUUGCAGAGGGAUUAGCACACCGUAUUGCAGAGGCACAGAAACGGGGUGAAGUGAUAUGGGAAAAACGUACAGCUGUAUUACAACAGGAACGUCAACAUCUACAAACACAACUUGGAGCGGAAAAAGAUAUUCUUGCACGUAUUGAACGUUCCUUAGUGUUGGCUCCUAUAGUACAAGAAAGUGUUCCCCUUACUUCCUCUACCGCUGCGGUAACAGCUCUAUCCUCUGAUGGGAGUGAAGGUGUUCAUCAAGUUAUUGAGGCAGUGAAUCAACUUCUUGCAGCAACGACUUCUCAACAGCAGACAGGAGGAGUAACCGUAACAGCAAAGGAUGGGCAAGAAGAAGAAGAACAACAACAACAACCAGAGGAAGAAGAGAAUGAGAAAGAAAAAGAAGAGGAAGAGCAACAUGUUGCUGUUGAUGAGGAAGAGGAGAGAUUGGGUGACACAGUGCAGGGAGCACUUGGUGAUGAAGAAGGAGUUGAGGAAAAUAUGGCAGAAGAGAAUGAAGAGCCAACAGAAUCUACAUGA